UUCAUUAUCGUUUCCCCCUUUUCCUUCAUUUACACUUUACCCAGAUUUUGGCGUUUUUUUGUUCAUUCUGCUUUGUGUAAUUUUAGGGUUUCAUUUGCACAUUUCGUUUCAUGUUUUUAAAUUUUUUAGUUAUUUAUUGUUGGUUUUGAACAUUUCAUUUGGUUCUUCUCUGGGUGUUGUUCUUUAAUUUGGUUUUGUUUUCUUUAUUUUCAGUGUUUUUUGUGCUUAUAGGUUCUGUGUUUUGUUUUCGUUUUUAGUGUUUUCAAUCAGUCGUUUGUAGUUUCUUAUAAGUUUUUUAAUAGUUUGAUAAUGGUAUGUUUGAUGUGUUUUCGAUUUUCAUUAGGUUUAGUUGUUUGCUGUUAUUUUUUAGGUUUCAAAACGAUUUUCAAAUCUUUGCUCUAUAUUUUUCUAUAGUUGUAUCUGUUUUGUAGUUUGUUUGUUGUUUGUAUAUAGUUUUAUUGUUCUUUUCAUACUGUAUUUUUUGAUUUCCUUUAGGGUUAGUUGUUUACUGUUUUUUUUACGUUUCAAAACGAUUUCAGGUCUUUACUGUUUUUUCUGUGUAGUUGUAUGUUAUUGGUAGUUUGUUUGUAGUUUGUUUAUAGUUGUAUUUCAGUUUUUAUACUGUUUUAUUCACAAUUUAUAAUUUAUUGUGGCCAUUUUCGUUAUGUUGCAGGUUUGGGACUACAAAUUUAGUCCUUCUGAUUUUUAUAGAUCUAAGUGUGUAUGCACCAGUGUUUAUUCCGUGAUAGAUAAUAUUAAGAACACUUUAUCUGUUAAUUUGCUUUCUUUGUUUCGUCAAACUCAGUUUGGGCAUUUUCUGGAUAUGCCUGAGUUUGUUUUUCAUCCGCAAGUCGUACAUAGUUUAUUACUAAGGGAAGUUUUCCAGCCCAAUCCUAAAGAGUUUUGGGCUAAGGUUGCUGGCCGUUGCAUACGGUUUAAUGCCGAAGAAUUUUACUUGAUUUCUGGAUUAGAUUGUUUCGGUGAUUGCAACAAGUUGUUGUUUUCACAGGAAACAAAUCGAUUGGUAGAAACAUGUUUCCGUGGUGUAAAAACUAUUGACCACAAAGCCAUCGAGGAUGCUUUUUUGGGUAGUCGGUGGGGUUUGGAUGAGUCUCUUGGUUUGAAAAUGGUUGUUUUGUAUUUCAUUCAGUGUUUUCUUCUUAGCAAUACUCUUGACAAAGAAGUGUCUAGGUUUGAUCUAGAUGUAGUGGAUAGUGGUCGGUGGGACGAGUAUUGUUGGGGUAGGGAAUCAUUUGAAUUGACAAUUGACUCAUUCAAAGGUAGGAUCCAGCAUGGGAUUAUUAUGAAAAAUAGGAAGGCAGAGAAGGGAGGCCAAUAUGAUGGCUGGUAUAGGGCAUUGGGAUGUCCUUGGGUUUUCACGGUUUGGUUUUAUGAAUGCUGUCCUGCAAUGGUGAACUCUUUCUGUAAGAGAGUUUCAUCUUCUAUUCCAAGGAUUCUGAACUGGAGCAACACCAUCGUCACCAAAAAUCCAACUCUUCGAGACUUGAAGGGCAAGAUUUUUGAUUUACCUUUGGACAAGUUGAAGAUAAAAAACAUGCGUCCUACUGAUGAAGAGAGGCAGCAGCUUCAACUUGACGGUUUAUUUCUCGAUGAAUCUAUUAAUGACCGUGGUGUAGCGAAGCAAUCCUUUGAGGGUGGGUCAUCUUCAAAGAAGUCUGAUUCAGCAGAUAUUGAUUGGAUGAAAUCUAAGUUGGAGAUGGUCAUUUCGAAUCAAUCAUCAUUGGCCGAGGACUUCAUUUCAUUGAGGUGUUUUGUUGAUUUUAAUUUCAAGUCCGUAAUGACUGUAAUUAAGGAUAUCCAGGAGAAGGUUAAUGCCAUUCAUCGUCGUCCUUCUGAUGAGGUAUUUAUUCAUAUUUUAUUGUUUAGGUUUUUUCAUAUUUUUUUUAAAGUUUCUUUACUGUUUUAUUUAAGUUUCAUUUAUGUUGGUUGAUACAGGGAAAGUCAUCGGAUGAAUUAGUAACUCAAGAUUCUGAUGAUGAUGUUGAUGAUGAUGAUGAUGAUGAUGAUGAUGAUGAUGAUGCCGAGAAUGAUGAGAAGCAAUUGCCUGAUCCAGAAAAUAUUGAUUCCGACUCCGACGAUUGUGGUGAGUUGGUUAAAGUUGGUGGGGAUGCUAAUGAUGCUGACAAGGUUGUUACUGUUGUUCCCGCUGCUGAUGUGAAUCCAUCUGAGGCUGUUGGAGGGAGUGAGAAAAAUGUUAAGGAUGUUGAGAAGCCAAAGGGCGAUGAGUCUCGAUUGAAGGGGGACGAUUUCUUUGAUGGGUUGAGCCAGCUUGAAAUAGAUGAUGAUCAAGUUGUGUUGGUUGGCUUGGAGGCUGUUGGUAAAAUCCAUGUAAGUUUAUUUUUAAUUGUUUUCAAGAAAACUAGGUUUCUUUUUGGUUGCUCAAUAGUUUCUAGUCUGUUUUGCAACUGUUUCAAU